AUGAAGGAACUAGAGCAUAUAGGAGUUAAUACUUUAUCCAAUAACUUUUUAAAAAUUAACGCAUCAUUACCUAAAUUUACCCAUAAUUUAAGUUUCCGCCGACAAGUUUUUAUUAAAUCCACAGCAUUGCCAAUUCCAGAGUCCUUCCUAAUUAAUUAUGAAAAUACAUCAUAUCGAAUUUUUCUAGCCCGAGAUAUUUUAGAAUGUUUUAAUUGCAAACAAGAAGACCACACAUCUUCUAAAUGUAAAACAGCACCUACAAGCACCAACCCCACAGCAAUUCCAUCUAUACCAAAUCAGUCACAGAACUCUAUUACUGCCACAUCGGAAACCAUAACACCUUCACCUGCAGUUAUUGCACCUACUCCCGCAGUUGUUGUGCCUACUCCUUUAAAAAACCAUUUACAAUCCAAUGCUGCUUCAAUAGAAAAUACAAAUAACCUUCAACAGCAACAACAGAAGCAGACUAUAGAAUCCAAUGCAUCAGCUAUGGAAAUCGAUCAGACCCCGAGCAGUACAAAAACAAAUGUCGAUAACACCCUCUCUCCAUCCAUCUUAGAUGAAACAUCGCCAAAUUUCACAAAACUUUUAGACCCAAACCCGCUAAAUCAAAAAUGUAUAGCAGUAUUUUUGAUAUUAAGAGAACAUUCGAUACAGCAUGGAAACAAUUAA